AGGCGCGCUAAAGCACGUUGGAUCUUAGCUUUAAGCAAAAACAAAUUUAAUUAAAAAAAUUGAAAAUAAAAAUAAAAAUACUGAGUAUCCAAUCCAACCCAAGUCCCUUUCAAACUCGACUAGCUGUUAAAUUCUCUUUUUUGGCCAAAAAUGGUGUAAAUUCAAACUAGUAUACUGUUCGAAGAAAAAAAACAGCCAAAUAAGCUUCUUUUUUUCCUUCACAGAUCUCAGAUCCAAAAUCCAAAUCUAAGGUGAAUUUUGAUUUUUUAUUUCAUAAUUUCUUUCAUUUUAUGUUAGCUUUCUCAUGUUUUUGGAUCUGUUUUGUUUUUUCAAUGAAAUUGUUCAAAUUUUGUGUAAAUCUGUUGUUUGCUUGGUAGAGUGUAAGCAAUUACAUAAAAUAUAUUAUUAUAAGAGUAAAAAGCAAAGCAAAAAUGUCAAGGAGGCAAGUAAGUUCCACACGCCGCUUUGUUGACAGCGGAAACUUCCCGUUCUCUGGUGCUUUACAUUCUAAAGCCCGAUCUUCUCCUAUUUUAUCUAUCGCUCUUGUCGUUGUGGGAGCUAUCCUUCUCAUUGGCUAUGCCUAUAGUGGUUCAGGUAAAUUCCGAGGUGAAGCGGUUAGUCGGAUCGAAGGUGACUAUACAUGCAGUCUAGAAGUUCAGAGGGCAAUACCAUUUUUGAAGAAGGCAUAUGGGGACAGCAUGCACAAGGUUUUGCAUGUAGGACCCGAUACCUGUUCAGUUGUCUCUAAACUUUUGAAAGAAGAGGAUACUGAAGCCUGGGGUGUGGAACCAUAUGAUAUAGAGGAUGUUGAAGAAAGUUGCAAGAGUCUUGUGGGCAAAGGGAUUGUACGUGUGGCAGAUAUCAAGAACCCUCUUCCCUAUAAGCCAAAGUCUUUUUCUCUUGUUAUUGUGUCUGAUGCCCUUGAUUACUUAUCUCCAAAAUACCUGAACAAGACUCUGCUUGAGUUGGCCAGGGUUGCCUCUGAUGGUCUCAUUAUUUUCGCAGGUACCCCUGGUCACCAGAAGGCUAAAGUGGCAGAACUAUCGAAAUUCGGCCGUCCACCUAAAAUGCGGAGUUCCUCUUGGUGGAUUCGUUUUUUCGACCAAAUCAGCUUAAAAGAAAAUGUAACUGCCGUGAAGAAGUUUGAGCAGGCUACAUCAAAGAGUUCAUACCUGCCAGCAUGUCAAGUAUUCCACCUAAAUCCAUUCCACUGAUACAAAGAGAAAAGUCAUCAAGAUCAGAUUUCCAUUAUUUUUGUUGUCAUAUGCAUUGAAGGUGAAGUAAAAAUAUCUUCAGCUCUCAUACAACAUGUACUCUGUUGGGGAACUAAAUUUGGUAAAAGAGACGUUGGUAUCAAUGGGUUAAUGCCCUUAGCAUUACAGGUUUGAUAUUUAUUAAUUCAAUAGUACAUUUUUUGUUGUAUACAUGCAUUUAUUUAAUUAUAUUGUUUUCUGAAUGUGGAAGUAAAUCAAGCUUCCCAUUAGGAGAUUACUCAUAUUUCUAUUUGUCUUCCUAUGGCAUACUUUUUUUAAUUUGAUCUUGAAUCUGCUACUAUACUUAUUUGUCACUAUUGUAGGAAUAAAAAACCAUGUUGGCCAGUUGGAUUGAUCCAGUGACUAUAAGAAUUGGGUCUUACACAAACUGGUCAAAAUCGGUUGAUAUUGAUAAUAGGUAUCUAUCCUUAGUGUAAUCGAGUUGAGCCGACAAGCUCAUGUUUAUUUGAAA